AUAUCGAUAAGAGGAGUGACAUCAGAAGACCUCAUGAUCGCACUAUCCAGAACCCCUCCGUCUGUAUCACAUAAAGAAGUUGAGAAACACCAAGCUUGGAAUGCCCCCAGGAAGCUCUCUGAGAUUUAGCUCGUUGUAAUGUUUCUGCGAAUUUAGAAUUAGAUCUUGAAUACCCAUUAAAAAACGAUGGAUAUUUUCAACGUCAUCAUUCAUCACAUUUUAUAUCAUAUCACAGUUUCAAGCAUAUCGUACUAUUUUAUUAUUUAAGCAUUCAGUAGUUACUUUUUGUUUUUUAAGAACAGUUAAUAUAAAAUGCAAUUUAAUUCACAAUAUUGACUAUUUGUAUAUUUAUAAUUUUAUUGAAGAUAGUUUUUAUCUAAAGAAUUUUAAAAUAAUCACUACAUUUAAGAUAAGAUGAAAAUAUGUGAUAUUGCCAUAAUAUGACUUGGUAUCAAAGGUAGUUCGUUUUCGAGGUAGCUUUUUUUUGUAUUCCUUCGUUCUUAAACUGCUAUGUUUUAUAUAAUAUAGCUUUUAAUAUGUUUUUUGGAUUUUCGAAAAGUAAAUAACUUUUAACUAUAAUUAUACCAUAUAAGUCAUAACAUUGCAUAGGAUAUAAUCAUAAUACUCUUCACAAUAAAUAUACUGUUAUAUUGUAAUUCACAAAUCCCUUACAUCUAGCGACACAAACGUCCCCAAAAGGCAGUCAUGGAUCUUGAUAAAUUAGCCCAACACAUCAAGAUUUCGAUGGCUUACGUCACAACUCUCAAGAACGAAAACGAAACCCUCCAAAACAGAAUAACAUCUUUAGAACAACACAACUCCACCCUUGGGGCGCUUCUAAAAGAAAGAGAACAGUCACACAAUGACUUGUUGAACCAGAAGGAUGUUAACGAAAACAAUGUACUGGACAAGAUAAUCUCUCUUCAAAUGGACCAAAAACUAAAGCAGGAGCAUAAGAAGCUAACAGCUGAGCAUGAAGACCUCCAGAUUAAAUUUACAGAAGCUAAGCGGAGUCACGAGGAGACUGUUAGAGACUAUGAAAAGUUAAUAACGGACAGGGUUAGAGAGUUGAAGGAAGAGCAAGAAAAGGAGACAGAGGAGGUAAGGGAGCUGCAGGAGAAGAAGGAGGAGGAGUUGCAGGAGGAAAUGUGCAAGUUGAAGGAGAGGAUCUCUGAGAUGGAGCGGGAGAGAGCUGAGGAACGUACAAAGAUGCAGCUUGAAUUUGAAGAGAAGCUCCAGAACGUGCAGCGGGCAGCAGUAUCAACACACAACGUUGAUGUGUACAAGCGCAAGUUGGCAGCGCAGCGCAUGGAGCAUUUACACGAGAUACAGGGAAUGAGACAGCAGAUCGCUCACUUACAAACUGCAGCAACUAGAGGUGCCAGGGGCCGCAAGAGGGGCUAUUGAAACUAAUGUAUGAUUAAUUUACAAACAUCAAUCAAAAAUUAUAUCAUGUAUUGUAACUCCUUCAUCAUUAAGCACAAGAUAUAUCACAUUUCGUUAAAUUUCCAUGCACGCCAUUGCUUUAAAUUAAUACGAUUUAUUCACUCUACAGUAUUUAUGAAUUAUUUCAUAUUCAUCUUUUUUUGACAUGCAAUAUGACGAACAAUAAUUGAAAUUCCUUGCUAUUAUAAUUAAUUAUGUUGUAACCUUGUUACUCUUUGUUUGCUUUUUAAAUUGAUCAUAAUUUAUUGCGUUGAACAAUGAAUGGGUUUUAAAUAUUGUCUGUCGUUUUAUUAAAGUUGUAAAUUAUUUUAUAUUGUUAGUCUGAAUUUGUUGAAUAAAUAAUGUUAGAUAUAAAUUAUUAAAAUUUACAUUUUCAGUUCAUCAUC